CAAGCAUGAGCUCCACCCACCCACCCCAAAAGCAUUCAUGGCUAGCAGCCAGAUCAUGUUCUGAGAAGCCAAAACAGCUUCCCAGAAUUGCAUAUCUGUUUCUAUUGGCUACAGGAGAGGACAAAACUGCCCUCUGGGAGGAAAAUUUCAGAGGAGCUGCAUUUGGUCUCCUGCAGUUCUGGGAGAAGCACCCAAGAGCAGCAGCAGCAGGAGACCCACACGGAGCGAGACCCACACCUCAGACGGACCACAGAAAUCCUGAAUAUUGGCUUGUGAAUUUUUCUGCUUGUCUGAAUAUGGCUGGAAGAAGCACAGAACUGAGGAUCGCCCUGGUGGGCAAAACUGGAGCUGGGAAAAGCGCAACAGGAAACACCAUCCUGGGGGAAGAGAGGUUUUCAUCACUCCUCUCUCCUACCUCCGUGACAGCAGAGUGUCAGAAAGAGGACACGGUCAUUGGUGGUAGGAGAAUUGUGGUGGUUGAUACACCUGGCUUUUUCGACACAAAGGUUCCAGAAGAUGUGACUACCAAGGAAAUCAAGACCUGCGUGAAGUACAUCUACCCAGGAGCCCAUGUCAUCAUACAAGUCAUGCAGCUGACUCGUUUCAGCAAGGAGGAGAAAGCCGUUGCUCAGUUAAUCCAGAAGAUAUUUAGCUGCAAAGCCAAGGACUACAUGAUCAUCUUGUUCACCCGGAAGGAAGACUUGGAAGAUAGGCCUUUGAAAGCGUUCUUGGCGGAGGGAGACCAGGAUCUGCAGAACCAGAUCGCUCAGUGUGGAGGGAGAUGCCUGGCUUUCAACAACAAGGCGAAAGGGCAAGAAAGAGAGGAGCAGGUGGCCGAAUUGCUUGGGAUGAUCGACCACCUGGUCCAAAAGAACAAGGCAGCCCCCUGCUACACGGAAGACAUGCUAGAGGAGGACCAAGAAGUGAUUGAGAAGAUGAAGAGGAAAAUACGUGAGGAGGUGGAAAAGGAAGCAGCUGCCAGGGCAGCAAAUGAUUUAUUAUAUUCAUUUCGCUCACCAUGUAAUAUACUCUAAGAAGUACAAUGAGAAGAGGUUGAGAGGAUGAAGAGGGAAAUACGAAGGGAAGUGGAAAGGGAAAUUCAUGAAGAGAA